AUGGCGUAUCCCACCAAGAACGGUGCUUCCGCCCCGGCGAACCCCAAACUGGGCGCCAUUCUCGCCAAACUCGUCCGCGACCUCAACUACCAGACUCCUCGGCAUGAUGUCACACGGCCUGCCCUUGAAGCUGCCAUGCUCGAAUACGCCGCCGGCUCAGGGGCUCCGUACGAGUCCGAAUAUGCUCGGCGGUACUUUGAUGAGGGCAUUACACUCGCUUGUGCCUACUUCCCCACGCACCCCUUCGCCGUAAAACUCCACAUAGCCAUCUACUCCUGGCUGAUCAUCUACAUCGACGACGACGAGGCCGGAACCGACGACCUCGCCGGGUUCCAGACGCGCUUCCAGAACUGGGAGCCGCAGCCCUCCGCUCUCCUGGCACGCUGGGCCGAGACGCUCCAUGACAUGCCCAAGUACUUUGACCCCCUCGCGGCCAACUUCAUCGUGCUUUCGUCGCUGCAGUUUGUCAACGCCACCCUGCUGGAGAGGCGCGGCGAGAGCGGAGUGCCCGAGGCAUACGCCUACUUCGUCUUCCCGCGGGAUCAGUGCCCGGAUAUCGGCGCGUAUAUGCAGGCGGUACCGGAUAUGAUGAAAUACAUCAACUAUGCAAAUGAUGUGCUGUCGUUCCACAAGGAGACGCUAGCCGGCGAAACGGACAAAUACAUCAACACGCGGGCUGUCUGCGAGCAGCGCGAGCCUCUUGCUUUGCUGGAGACCCUCGUGGCCGAGAUCGUCGCGGCAAACUCGCGCGUGGCCGGGCUUCUACGCACAAGAUUCGACCCCGUCUAUGCCCGCAAAUGGAAUGACUUCUUCAUCGGCUACAUCUACUUCCAUGUCACGGCUCGUCGGUACAAGCUGCACAUGUAUCCUGAGCUCGCGCCGGUAGAGCGUCGUCAUGAUGUUGGUGUUGAUGAGGGCGUUGGGAAUGUGAAUGGGCGAGAGGUUGGUGAGAAGUUUGGAGAACAGGGGGCGAGGGAGAGACCUGUGGUUCAGGUUGGGUCGCUGCAGUUCGCUUGA